AUGGGUGCUCAAACCAACUCUCUAAGAUCCUCCUCAAAUCAUCCUAAAUCUCUUCCAACUUUAAAACAUCUCUUUGACCACGAUCCAUUCACCAAUAAACCCUUUGGCUUCACCAAAAAUGUUCUUCAAGAUGAAGUUCUUUCUAUCGUUUCCUUUUGCUCUUCCAUGACACUGCCAACUUCUCCUGAAUUGAAGAGAUUCAAACUCACCCAUCUUUUGUCCGUCAUCAAAACAUCAAAGAAACCGUUACAUGACGACAUUUUAAUGUCGUUGAUGUCGUUAUUAUCCGUCAAUCUCUUUCGUCCACUCCCUCCCCCUUCCCUUGCUCUUCCAAUCACAUCGACAUUUGCUGAAGAAAACGAAGUCGUCGUAGCUACCAUUCCUUCUCUAAAUUGGCUACAACUUGAAAUUGUUUAUGAUAUCCUCUUGUGGCUACUAAUCAACCUUGAUACUCAAACACUUGAGAAACAUAUAGAUAACACUUUUCUUCUCGGACUUCUUUCGCUCUUCGAUUCGGAGGAACCGAGAGAACGAGAAUGCUUGAAGAAUAUUUUCCACCAAAUAUAUUGCAAACUCACCAAGUAUAGAUCAUUCAUGAGAAAAGCAAUGAGUGGUGUGCUUUUGGAGUAUAUUUUUGAAACAGAGAGGCAUAAUGGUAUAGCAGAGAUGCUUGAGAUAUGGGGAAGCAUAAUCAAUGGCUUUGCAGUUCCUUUGAAGGAAGAACACAAAGUUUUUUUGAAAAGGAUAUUGAUUCCUUUACAUAAGGUUAAAGGGAUGCAAAGUUUCAACAAGCAAUUGGGUUAUUGUGUUUAUCAGUUUGUGGAGAAAGAGAGUGAGCUUGGUGGGUUGGUAGUGAGAAAGAUUAUAAAGUAUUGGCCUCAAGCUAAUAGCCAAAAGGAGAUAAAGUUGAUUGAGGAAUUGGAGGAUUUAGUGGAGAAAUUGGAUCCCAAACUGUAUAAAGAUUUGGCUUUGCCCUUUUGUUCACACAUGACAAAAUGUUUCAACAGUUUGAACUCCAUGGUGGCCGAACGAGCACUAUACAUAUGGAAUAGCGAAGCAUUUGUGACGAUGGUGUCGACCGCCAUGGAAGAAGUGUUUCCAGUAAUUAUAAGAGGAAUAGAAAACAUUAUUAGGAGUCAUUGGAACGAAAACGUUAAGGAAUUGGCACACAAUGUCGAUGCCAUUCUUCAAGAAAUUAAUCCAAUUCUUUACCAUAAAACUCUCCACCAAAAUCUCUUUAAACAAAUCAAAGCAACCCCAAUUAACAGAUUGUAA